GGGACCAGGACACCGGAGCGGGAUCCGGAGCAGUCCGCAGAGCACGCACUCUGCACGGGUAGAUAGAGGAGGAGGAGGGGGUUCCUGCAGCAGCCUUCUUCUUCUGUGGUGCUGCUGAACAGGUUGAACCAGAGCAGGGAACUACAAAAACAAAGAACUACAAAAAGUUUAAAGGAGGACGGGGGAUGUUCCUGCUGGAGAACAGCUGCUCGGACAGGAUGGACAGGGGGACGCCUCAGAGGAAGACGGUGUACCGGAUCUCCCUCACCCUGGUGAAGAGGGAGAGCUUGGACGGCGAGGACGGGGAGAACCAGAAGCUGGGCUCCUUCAGGAGGGAGAGCUCGGUGGAGGUGCAGCGCGGCGCCCUGCUGGAGCAGCUGCAGGAGGUGGAGGACGAGUCGGACGAGCUGUCCUCGUCUCGGGGCUACAUGAGGAACUUCAGGACGUUCAGCACGGGGCAGCUGGAGCUGGGGAGGCUGAAGCUGAGCAGGAAGAUGUUCCUCCAGAAGGAGGUGAAGGAGAACGCCGGCGGCCCGGGAGCAGAGCACGCCACAGCGCCGCCGGAGGAACCAGUGGAGCAGAAGAGGAGGCUCCUGAAGGCUCGGAGCGUGGAGGAGAGCAGCUACGAUCCUCCUCCCGACGCCAAAACCAACGGGAAGGCGUCCUCCCCGGAGACUCUGCCUCCAAAGCGUGCGCCCGGCCUGCUGCGCCGGAGCUUCAGCUUCAGGCACUGGCCCGGCGGCGAGCUGCUGCGUCUGCGGGCGCUGUCCAAAGACAGACACCACAGCAGCUCCGGAUGCAUCGGCCACGACGCCACCGCCCACGACGACAAGGACGCCGCCGAGAAGGACGCCAUUGUGACGGAGGCCGAGCCAACCGUGGUCCCGCCGGCUCCACCUCUCGACCCCACCCGACAGAAGAGCAGGACUCUGGAAGUCGGCGCCAUCCUGAACAAGACGGACUCCAUGACGGAGCUGAGCCGCCACGAGAGAGCGCGAGGAAACAAGAACCGCACGCUGGACAACAGCGACCUCCAGCGGCUGGCGGCGGAGAAGGACGAACCGGAGAGCGGUGGCGGCGGCGGUGGCGGCUUCCUGUUGAGGGGCGGCGGCGGACGCUCCAGUGAGAGGAGGCUCGUUCGCUUCUUCAGCGGGAUCUUCUCCCGUAGGGAUGGAGCGACCACCUCCACGCCGUCGGGAAGCCCCGCCUCCGACCGCUCACAUAGGAGGGCGGCGGCGGCGGCGGCGUCCAGCACAGAGAGCAUGAACGGAGGCAGCGCUGAAGAUGCGUUCGUGAACAGUCAGGAAUGGACGCUGAGUCGGACGGUACCAGAGCUCAAAGUGGGCAUUGUGGGUAACCUGGCCAGUGGGAAGUCGGCGCUGGUCCACAGGUAUCUGACGGGAACGUACGUCCAGGAGGAAUCACCUGAAGCUGACGUGGAUGCAGGCGGUCGCUUCAAGAAGGAGAUCGUUGUCGACGGUCAGAGUCACCUCCUCCUCAUCAGGGACGAAGGAGGCCCCCCAGAGGCUCAGUUUGCGUUGUGGGUGGACGCCGUGAUCUUCGUCUUCAGUCUGGAGGACGAGAUCAGCUUCCAGACGGUUUAUCACUACUUCAGCCGGCUCGCCAACUUCAGGAACGCCGGCGACCUGCCGCUGGUGCUGGUGGGCACUCAAGACGCCAUCAGCUCAGCGAACCCUCGAGUCAUCGACGACGGCCGAGCCAGGAAGCUCUCCAACGACCUCAAACGCUGCACCUACUACGAGACCUGCGCCACCUACGGCCUCAACGUGGAGCGAGUCUUCCAGGACGUGGCCCAGAAGAUCGUUGCCACCAGGAAGAAGCAGCAGCUUUCCAUCGGGCCGUGCAAGUCGCUGCCCAACUCGCCGAGCCACUCGUCCGUCUGCGCCACGCAGGUGUCGGCCGUCCACAUCAGCCAGACGAGUAAUGGCGGCAGUCUGAGCGACUACUCGUCCUCGGUGCCGUCGACGCCGAGCACGAGUCAGAAGGAGCUCCGCAUCGACGUACCGCAGACCACCAACACGCCGACGCCCGUCAGGAAGCAGAGCAAACGCCGCUCCAACCUCUUCACCUCCAGGAAGGCCAGCGAGCCGGACAAGGACAAGAAAGGCCCGGAGGCCCGAGCCGACAGCAUCGGCAGCGGGAGAGCCAUCCCCAUCAAACAGGGAAUGCUGCUGAAGAGAAGCGGUAAAUCUCUGAACAAGGAGUGGAAGAAGAAGUACGUGACGCUGUGUGACAACGGACUGCUCACCUACCACCCCAGCCUGCAUGACUACAUGCAGAACGUCCACGGUAAGGAGAUCGACCUGCUGAGGACCACGGUGAAGGUUCCGGGGAAGAGGCCGCCGCGGGCCGUGUCCACCUGCGCCGCCGUGCCGAGUCCCAAAGCCAACGGCCUGACGAAGGACAUGAGCAGCAUGCAGCUGGGACAGACGCCAGGUCAGGUGACCAGCAGCUCGUCGGCGUCUCAGAUGGCGAGCGGCGUCAGCUUGGUGUCCUUUAACAGCCGCGGUCUGGAGGGGAUGCACCAGCGCUCCUACUCCGUCUCCAGCGCCGACCAGUGGACCGACGCCACCGUCAUCGCCAACUCCGGGGUCAGCACGGAUACCGGUCUGGGGGACUCGGUCUGCUCCAGUCCCAGUAUCUCCAGUACCACCAGUCCAAAGAUGGAGCCGCCGCCGUCGCCGCACGCCAACCGCAAGAAGCACCGCCGGAAGAAGAGCACCAGCAACUUCAAAGCGGACGGCCUCUCUGGUACUGCGGAAGAACAAGAGGAGAACUUUGAGUUCACCAUCGUGUCUCUGACGGGUCAGACGUGGCACUUUGAGGCGACGUCCUACGAGGAGAGAGACUCCUGGGUCCAGGUCAUCGAGAGCCAGAUCCUGGCCUCGCUGCAGUCCUGUGAGAGCAGCAAGAACAAGUCUCGUCUCCCCAGUCAGACGGAGGCCAUGGCUCUACAGACCAUCAGAGGAAUCCGAGGAAACGGCCGCUGUGCCGACUGUGACGCUCAGAACCCGGACUGGGCCAGCCUCAACCUGGGCGCCCUGAUCUGCAUCGAGUGCUCGGGGAUCCACCGGAACCUGGGGACCCACCUGUCCCGGGUCCGGUCCCUGGACCUGGACGAGUGGCCUCUGGAGCUCAUCAAGGUGAUGUCGGCCAUCGGCAACGAGCUCGCCAACAGCGUGUGGGAGGCCAACGCUCAGGGACGCCUUAAACCGGCGCCGGACGCCAGCAGGGAGGAGCGGGAGCGUUGGAUCCGGGCCAAGUACGAGCAGCGAGUGUUCGUGGCGUCGCUGCCCGGCUCCGAGCUCUCUCUGGGGCAGCAGCUGCUGAGGGCCACGGCGGAGGAGGACCUGCGCUCCGUGGUGCUGCUGCUGGCUCAUGGGUCGAGGCAGCAGGUCAACGAGACCUGCGGGGACGGAGACGGACGCAACGCGCUGCACCUCGCCAGCCGCAAGGGCAACGUGGUCAUCACGCAGCUGCUCCUCUGGUACGGCGUGGACCUGAUGGCGAGGGACGCCCACGGUAACAGUGCGAUGGCGUACGCCCGCCAGGCCAGCAGUCAGGAGUGCGUGGACACGCUGGCUCAGUACGGCUGCCCCGACGAGCGCUACCCGCUGAUGGCGACGCCCAACCUGCCGCGCCGCAACGCCAACCGCAACAACAGCUGCAGCAGCGCCGGCAGCGCCGCGCUCAUAUGAGACGCCACCGACAGACUCUUAUUUUGGAGAACCACUUCCUGCUGCGAGACUGAUUACGACGCUGCUGGGGGGGGGGAGGAGCCCCGGAGCAUGAUGGGAGAUGUGGUCCAGGAUCCAAACGAUCACAUGACCUGUGAGGUCACCGGGGGACGACGUACCUCAUGUUUGAUUUAACACUCUGAACCAAUCAGAUCGUCUCCUGGAGGGAAACUGUGAGACUGAGAGGUUCCUCAUCCUCUUCAUCCUCAUCUUCAUCAUGGAGGACUUUUUUAUUUCAUGAACUCUUUUUGUUUUUCAUGUGAAAAUAUAUGUGGAUGUUUAAGAGGAAGAGAAAGGAAGCAGAGUGAGAGGUCGCAUGUCCUCUCGACGCUCUGAGCUUCUUCUUUAAUUUAAGGCAUUUCUCUGAUUGUUUAUAUUCUCUCUGGUGUUCUUUGGACCAAUCGGGUUGUCGUCUGGUUGUACAUAAGGUCGUCGGUGAGGCUCAGGGACUCCGCAGACCGUCAAACACCCGUCCUCUGGUUCCACCUCACACUCUACGUGAGCUCCUCCUCCAUCUGAAGAUUCAUCCCCAAAAUAUCAAACAUGGCCGCCACAGACCAAAACACAGAUGAAUAUACAUAUAUAUGAAUCAAUGUAAAUACUGACGGCUGGAAGCAUUGAUGAAGACGUGGAGGCCUUAAAGAAUCUGGACUGGUUCUUUAAGAUUCUGGACUCUGGUUCUUUAAGAUUCUGGACUGGUUCUUUAAGAUUCUGGACUCUGGUUCUUUAAGAUUCUGGACUCUGGUUCUUUAAGAUUCUGGACUGGUUCUUUAAGAUUCUGGACUCUGGUUCUUUAAGAUUCUGGACUGGUUCUUUAAGAUUCUGGACUCUGGUUCUUUAAGAUUCUGGACUCUGGUUCUUUAAGAUUCUGGACUGGUUCUUUAAGAUUCUGGACUGAUUCUUUAAGCUGCUCCCCCUCCACCUCAUGGGGUUCUUUAUUUAUUUAUUGUGAAGUGGUCGGCUACAGAUUCGUUCUUGUUUGUGAUCAUUUCUCUUCAUCUGACCCGACUGAAGUCAACGUGGUUCUGAUUGUUUUAAGGUGUAACAAAAAAAAAAAGAAAGAAAAGUGGAAAUGAAAAAUGAAGCAGCUUCACGGAGCAAAAAAGGGAAUUCAUCUUCUUCUUCAGGUGUUUUUUAUCACGAAUCACAGCGACGAUGACGAAGAAUUCAUUUCAGCUGAAACUCACUUUUACUGUGUUUCCUCCCGUCCAAUCAGAGAGCUCCCUGAUCGGCUCAGCGAAUCACUAAGAAGGGCUUCUUCUCCUCCUUCUUCUCCUCCUCCUUCUUCUUCUUCUCCUCCUCCUUCUUCUCCUCCUCCUUCUUCUUCUUCUUCUCUGGUCUGUAAACUUGUUGUAAAUAUUCUCUCUUUAGAUGGUGACAUUGUGUAAAUUAGAAAGAAGCAGGAAGUACUUCCUGUUUGUUUGGUUGCAGAGAGGAAGUGAUUGUUUUGUGGUAAAAACAAACGUCAGAAUGGACCGAGACGUCAGAACCAGUAGACCAGGUUCCCAACACAAAGGGCUGUAAUCAAGACCACUUAAGUCCAGUCCUAGACCAAGUCAAGAACCAGUCGAAAUUUAGACGAGUUUAAAUCGAGACUAAGUCCAGAUGUGGUCUGGUUUUGAGUCAGGAU